AUGUCUUCAGAGACCUUUGAGUUUCAGGCUGAGAUCUCUCAGUUGCUCUCCCUCAUCAUCAACACCGUCUACUCGAACAAAGAGAUCUUCCUCCGAGAGUUGAUCUCCAACGCCUCAGACGCCCUCGACAAGAUCCGAUAUGAAGCUCUCUCAGAUCCCAGCAAGCUGGAUUCCGGCAAGGAUCUCAGAAUUGACAUCAUCCCUGACAAGGAGAACAAGACCUUGACAAUCAUUGAUACCGGUAUUGGCAUGACCAAAGCUGAUCUCGUCAACAAUCUCGGUACUAUUGCUCGCUCUGGCACCAAGCAGUUCAUGGAAGCAUUGAGCGCAGGUGCUGAUGUUUCCAUGAUUGGCCAAUUCGGUGUCGGCUUCUACUCUGCGUACUUGGUCGCUGACAAGGUGACUGUCAUCUCCAAGAACAAUGAUGACGAGCAAUACAUCUGGGAGUCCAGCGCAGGUGGUACUUUCAAGAUCGUCCAGGACACUGAAGGCGAGCAGCUUGGCCGUGGCACCAAGAUCAUCCUUCAUUUGAAGGAUGAGCAGACUGACUACCUCAAUGAGUCAAAGAUCAAGGAGGUUGUCAAGAAGCACUCUGAGUUCAUCUCAUACCCUAUCUACCUCCAUGUCUUGAAAGAGACUGAGAAGGAGGUUCCCGAUGAGGAUGCUGAAGAAGUUGAGGAUGACGAUGAGAAGAAGCCCAAGAUCGAAGAAGUUGACGAUGAGGAGGAAGAUAAGGAGAAGAAGCCCAAGACCAAGAAGAUCAAGGAAUCCAAGAUCGAGGAGGAGGAGCUCAACAAGACUAAGCCUAUCUGGACUCGUAACCCUUCGGACAUCACCCAAGAAGAGUAUGCCUCCUUCUACAAGUCUCUCUCCAACGACUGGGAAGACCACUUGGCUGUCAAGCACUUCUCCGUUGAAGGUCAGCUCGAAUUCCGUGCUAUCCUCUUCGUGCCUAAGCGCGCUCCUUUUGAUCUCUUCGAGACCAAGAAGACCAAGAACAACAUCAAGCUCUAUGUUCGUCGCGUCUUCAUCACCGAUGAUGCUACUGAUCUGAUCCCCGAAUGGCUCAGCUUCGUCAAGGGUGUCGUUGACUCUGAAGAUCUUCCCCUCAACUUGUCCCGUGAAACCCUGCAGCAGAACAAGAUCAUGAAGGUCAUCAAGAAGAACAUCGUCAAGAAGACCCUCGAGCUCUUCAAUGAGAUUGCCGAGGACCGCGAGCAAUUCGACAAGUUCUACUCUGCUUUCAGCAAGAACAUCAAGCUUGGUAUCCACGAGGAUUCCCAGAACCGCCAAUCUCUUGCCAAGCUUCUUCGCUUCAACUCUACCAAGUCUGGCGAGGAGACCACCUCUCUUACAGACUAUAUCACACGUAUGCAAGAGCAUCAGAAACAAAUCUAUUACAUCACUGGCGAGUCCCUCAAGGCCGUCCAGAAGUCUCCCUUCCUUGACUCUCUCAAGGAGAAGAACUUCGAAGUCUUGUUCUUGGUUGACCCCAUCGACGAGUAUGCUAUGACUCAGCUCAAAGAGUUUGAGGGCAAGAAGCUUGUCGACAUCACUAAAGACUUUGAGCUCGAGGAGACUGAAGAGGAGAAGAAGGAGCGUGAAGCUGAAGAGAAGGAGUUCGAAGGCCUCGCCAAGAGUCUCAAAAAUGUUCUCGGUGACAAGGUUGAGAAGGUCGUUGUUUCUCACAAGCUUAUCGGGUCCCCUUGCGCUAUCCGAACUGGUCAAUUUGGUUGGUCUGCCAAUAUGGAACGUAUCAUGAAAGCUCAAGCUCUCCGCGACACUUCCAUGUCUUCCUACAUGUCUUCCAAGAAGACUUUCGAAAUCUCACCAAAGUCGCCCAUCAUCCGAGAGCUCAAGAAGAAGGUCGAGACUGACGGUGAGAACGAUCGCACGGUCAAGUCCAUUACCCAACUGCUCUUCGAGACCUCUCUCCUGGUUUCUGGCUUUACCAUUGAGGAACCCGCUGGCUUUGCUGAGCGCAUUCACAAGCUGGUCUCUCUUGGCCUGAACGUUGAUGAGGAUGCGGAAACCUCGUCUGAGAAGGCCGAGGAUGAUGCCCCAGUGGCUGAAGCUGGUGAAAGCACCAUGGAGGAAGUCGACUAA